AUGACCAAGUUGAGCGUUAUCGUCACCCUAGCUACUGCAGCCGUUGCCUUUUGCAGUGUGAAGGCGAGCAAUCUCCGCCAGAAUGAGCCAAGUCGGUUCUUGGCAACGUUGGACGCCAGUGACAGCGGAUCGGCCGACUUCUUCCUUGCUGAGUCCGACUCAAGCGAUAGUGUUGCAGGCGAACGCUUCCUGGAGGAGAUCGCUACCAGCGUCGACGGGUCAAGCUUCUUGGUGGAGCUGGACAGCAGCGAGGACACGUCGGACAACGGGUCUGGAGACCGCUUCUUGGCAGAAGAAGAGUCCUCGAGCUCGGAGGAGUCGGCCGACUCAAGUGAGGACGGCUCUGAUUUCCGCCUGCUAAUUGAAGUCGAGUCCAGCGUGGAUGGAUCCACACUCGUCGAUGAUCUCAGUUUAAGCGACUCGACCUCAAAUGUCCAAGACUCGGAUGAGAGUGACGAUAAUGCCAAAGAUUCAGUCGACAGCGAAGAUGACGGUGAAGACGACGUGGACGGCGAGUACCAACCUGGCACCGUAAAGCCUGCGCCAAUUGAUGAUGAUAGCGGAGUGUUUGACCCGUCGAAUCUGUCCUGGUGGAAGUAA